CGUACCGCGUAACGUUUGGAUCGUUCGUUUUGAGUGUCCAAUAGAAAUCUGUGCCUUUAUUUAUUUAAAAUUUUAUCGAAGUACCUGACGAUAACAUCACAAACAUGUCCACCUUAUUACCAGGCAAUAUUGUCUAUGGAGGCCCAGUCCUUAACACUGAAACUCACAGCUACAGAUCCUUAGGACAUUUUGUUUUAGAAAAAUACAAGAGUUACGGUGACAAAGUUAUGAUGAUCGACGCAGUUACUGGUGUGGAGUACACAGCAAAAUUUAUAUACGAUUCGAUUGUACGUUUAGCUAAUAUUUUAACGAGUAUGGGCGUUAAAAGCGGUGAUGUUGUGUCUAUCUCAAGUGAAAAUAGUGUUGAGUUCGCCAUUGCACUUUUUGCAACUUUUGCAUUAAAUGCUACUGCGGCGCCCAUAAAUGUGACUUAUUCAGAACGAGAAGUCGAUCAUGCCAUUAAUUUAUCUAAGCCAAAAGUUAUUUUUGCUUCGAGCCAAACAAUCGACCGCAUUAUUAAAGUAGCAAAGAACAAUGCUUUUGUAAAGAUUGUGAUAUCAUUCAAUUCAGCUCAUGGAAGUAAAGAAGCUAAUGUAUAUUCUUAUAAGAAUUUAAUGGAAAGUAAAAACAUUACCGUAAAUGGAAACUUUGAUCCUCCAUCUUGCAACAGGAGUGAAGAUGUGGCUUUAAUAGUAUGCUCUUCUGGUACAACUGGCUUACCAAAAGGUGUACAACUAACUCAGAAUAACAUUUUGACUACGUUAGAUUCUCAGUUAGAACCAACCGCAAUACCUUUAGGCGACAUCAAUUUACUGACUGUUAUUCCUUGGUUUCAUGCAUUUGGAUGCUUAACACUUAUUACAUGUUCCUGUCUUGGUACAUGUUUGGUAUAUUUACCAAGAUUUGAAGAAAGAAAGUUUUUAGGUGCCAUAGAGAAAUAUCGUAUUGUUAUGGCUUUCAUGGUACCACCUUUGAUGGUUUUUCUAGCCAAACAUCCUUUGGUAGAAAAAUAUGACUUAUCGUCGUUAUUAGCUUUGUUGUCUGGAGCCGCUCCCCUUAGUAAGGAAACGGAAGAUCAAAUCAAGGAAAGAAUCGGUGUUCCCAUCAUACGUCAAGGUUAUGGAUUGAGUGAAGCAACUUUAAGUAUAUUAGUUCAAAAUGAUGAUGCUUGUAAGCCUGGCAGUGUUGGUGCGCUCAAAAAAGGACUUUAUGCAAAAGUUAUUGAUACUGAAACUGGUCGCAUAUUAGGUGCAAAUCAACGUGGCGAACUUUGUUUUAAAGGAGACUGUAUUAUGAAAGGCUACAUAGGUGACACCAAAGCUACGCAGGGUGCUAUAAAAGAUGGUUGGUUACAUACCGGAGAUAUUGGUUACUAUGAUGAUGAUUUUGAGUUCUUUAUUGUCGAUCGCAUAAAGGAAUUGAUUAAGUACAAAGCUUUUCAAGUACCACCAGCAGAAAUUGAAGCAAUUCUAUUGACACAUCCAAAAAUAAAGGAUGCCGCUGUUAUUGGUAAACCUGAUGAAGAGGCUGGAGAGUUACCAAUGGCUUUUGUGGUGAAACAAGCUAAUGUACAACUCACUGAAAAAGAAGUUGCAGAUUUUGUAGCAGAAAAUACUUCGUCGCCAAAGAGGUUACGGGGUGGUGUGUUAUUCGUUGAUGAUAUCCCUAAAAACCCGAGUGGUAAAAUUUUGCGACGAAUUCUAAGAGAUAUGAUUAAAAAUCCCAAAUCAAAAUUAUGAUCAUUUAAUAAAAAAAAUUAAAUUUGGCUUACAUGUUAAAUACAGCGGUUAUGGAAAUUGAUUUUAUACAUAUUUAAAGAAAUUUAUACCAAAUAAAACAAAAAGUAAACAACUUA